AGGUUGUGUGUGUAAAAUAAAUGUAAACAGUGUUGUUGGCUGAUCAAGUGUGGUAAGUUUUUUAAUAACUAUGUUCUUAAUUUUACGUAAGUAAGUGCCAUUUUAGCUAAAGUAAGUGGUAGAAAUCCUGCCCAAUGCGUGCUGGAUCCAUCGGAAGCGGUACACUCAUGUACCAGCGUAGGAAAGUGGUGUGAUGAACAACACAGCAUACGACAGCGGAUAUAAUGCAGAAACGAUAUGUCCCUGCCGCAGGUGUUUGGGACAGUGCGUUGUGUUAUGUAUGAUUCGCCAAUUUUCCUCUAUCCUGAAACGUGGGUUUACGAGGAACCAUUUAAGAACAUCUCCGGAAGCUGUACGACGACGAGUCGAGCUCUACCAGCACAAAACGCCAGAGGCCCAGCUGACACCGGGUGCCCCGAUUGCGCCAGACGGUGUCGAGCGCGCUCGUUCACAACGUCCGGGGCAGGAAUUCAACCCUUCGGAUCAUUAUCCUCUGCCUCACAAUAGCUGCAGCAGCAACAGGACCAAACCGACCGCACUACUGAUUGCGGUCAAAUUUCCUGGCAGGAGAAAAAAUCCCACAAGUGAGUUCCUUCUAGAUGCACUAUCGCUACAUCUAGAUCUGUUGUUUUAUCUUCCCUCUAAAGCUUACUUACUUACUUAUCCGGUGGCUUUAUAA